AUGCCGGUAGCCACCAGGAAACGACCUGGUCGGCCGACAAAGAGCCAAGCUGCGGGGGAUGUCGAGAAGGCCAUACCGACCAGCAGCAUCGAUGAGCUUCCGGCGGGAACCCGGCGCAGCAAACGUCUCGGUCACGUUGAUGUGGAAGACAUUAGGGAUUUCGAGGCCAUACGAGUGAAGAGAAGACGGAGGAGUCAGAAAGAUGUGGAGGAAGAAGAUCAGGUGGACGUCGACCAAGGCAGCGACGAAGAAGAUGGUCAAGGCGAACGAGAUGACCAGACUAUGGAAGAUGGUCCAGACGAAGAAGAUGAAGAAAAUGUCAGAAAACGAGGUCGGCCGAGGAAGAUGCGUGAGGAUCUCCGGGUAGAUACAUUGCGUAAGGAAGCAACGAAUACCCAUCGUACGAAUGCGAGUCGUGCUGGAAGGGUGCAGACACAAGACCCCAGUCGACCUUCAAGAACGAAAGCGACGAAAUCAAGUAAAGGCUUGUCGAAUCUCGACGUUUCUCAACCGACGACAGAUCCGGAUAACGAGGACGAACCAGCCACCGCUGCAGGCGCCAGAGUGGAUAUCUAUGAGUUUGCGAGUAGCCCACCUAGAGGGUCUGCCGUCGCAGUCGACCUCUCAGUGUCGUCAUACGAAGAGGAAGAAUCGUCCGAUUCGCAAUCUGAUUCACAAGUCCCAGACACCGGAAAUGGGCUGUUUGUCGAGCGCGAGACUCAGAGCGCAGAGGAAGACGACGAGGAGGGUAACGAUGAGCAACUUUACAACGACCCGACUCUGGCCGAGUUGCCGCCGUCUGCACAGGCAAGGGAGGAUGAUGCCUAUCCAGGUGAUACCGACUCCCAAAUGGAGCCACAUCCAAUAGAGCCAACGCAGCAGCUUCGUCGUUUGGUUGAUGAUAUGGACCCGCCGACUCCUGACCUUUUCCCGGAGGUUGAUUACGAGUACCCGGACGAUCAUUUCAUCUUUCACAAGCCCGAAGACCAAGACCGAUUGACUGCGGCGCCAGUGAAAUCACCAUCAUUGAAGAGCAUCAAGGAGCUAAUGAAUGGGGUGGGUUGGAUGCGCUCCAAGGAUGGAAGAGCAAUUGACCUCACAACUGGGUCGGCGCAACUUUCACAGAGAACUCAGCCUCUCUGGGACCGCAUUCAACUACUGAACGACUUCUGGGAAGGAGCACCUCGCGCGCCCCUUUUCAGUAAGCAAUGCGACUAUUUGCAUUCGAGCGACGCAGAUGCGGUCGAUGCCAGGCGCACCUUCAAGGAAGUCGACACACUUGUUAAUAAGAUGGCCACGAAAGCGAAGAAGCCCAGCCCCGGCGACGAAUCUGAUAUGCCGGCGCCACGUUUCGUUAAGGAGCUGUACGAAAGUGUCAUUCCUUUGCUUGUGGUUACGCUUGGAAAUGUAUUCCAAAAGGGUACUGAGCACAACACGUCACAUUACACCGGGUCGUUCACCAAACCGAUGUUGCAAAUUAUGCACAGACUCAUUGCUUGGAUUGAGAAGCUAUACUAUGGCAUGCUCUCAAACCUUGCAAGGAGGAGGCAGAAGGAGCAACUACUAUCCAAGAAGCUCAGUCGAGGAAAACUGGCCGAGUAUGUACGAGGCUUCAAGCGAGAGCUGGAUGCAACUUGGACCAAGGUCAAUCACACGAUUCAGCGGCAACGACUUUACGAGCAGCGGUUUGGUGAGAAGAAACAGAAGGAAGAGCGAGAGCGGCACGAAUACGAAGAGACUAGACGACGACAACGGGAGUUUUGCGAUAGGCGACUGGAGGAGCGGAUUGCAGCUGAGAAAGCACGCAGAGUGGCAGGCUCCCCGCCACAGAGUCAACAAAGCAGGUACGGGAGACAGCAGACGGGACCAGUGGAUCGCCGUCUAGAUACUACGCGAGGAUCGGUGGACGUUGAGCCCUUUGCCUGGCCUGAAGCAGAUGCCAAGUGGCUUCUACAGACGUUGUCCGCAAGGCCAGAUGUUGAUACUCAAGCGCUCGCAAUGAUGCUUAAACGCGGCGAAGACGAAGUCAUAGCCAUGAUCAGUUUGCUGAAGCAAAGCGCCAGAGCACACGCAGCAUCGAGAGGCAAGGAAGUUCCGGCAUUUGCGGCAGCUUGA